ACGAGGAGGUAUAUUAUUGCAUUAUAUGGAAAAAGAGUGGGUAAAAUGUCAAUGCCACAAAUGUCAUAGAUCACGAAAAAUAUUUAUCACAAAAAAGAAUAAUGAAAAAUCGGGGGUGUGACAAUUUUAUAGUUUUCAUUUAAAAAUAUUCAAUUUCUCCACCAUUUUCACUCAAGUAUUAAAUGAUAAAACAAGUAUCGAUUGUAUGGUGUUACAGUUUCAUCUAAUUGAACUUAAUAUCGGCUCGGCAGUGUUAUUGCAUUGAAAAUUUUCCGACGAAAAUUCGGUCAAUAAUAUGGCUGGAGGUGAUACCAUGGGAUGUACCGCACGUAGAAAAUCAAAGAAAAAUUCCGAUUAUUCGUUGAGUGAAAAUGGUGAAGGAUCAAAAAAUGGACCACCAAGGACCACAAGAGGAGGAUUACGUGUUUAUAAAAUUGUUAUAUUGGGCGACGGUGGUGUUGGAAAAUCAGCUGUCACCCUGCAAUUCGUUAGUCACAGCUUCCUCGAUUAUCAUGAUCCCACAAUUGAGGACUCAUAUCAACAACAAGCUGUUAUAGAUGGAGAAGCAGCACUUCUAGACAUUUUGGAUACAGCCGGGCAAGUGGAGUUCACCGCCAUGCGUGAUCAGUACAUGCGUUGUGGCGAAGGUUUUAUAAUUUGCUAUUCGGUUACCGACCGCCAUAGUUUUCAAGAGGCAUCCGAGUAUCGAAAGUUAAUAGCUCGUGUUCGAUUGACAGAGGACAUUCCAUUAGUAUUGAUAGCCAACAAAUUGGACUUACAGUCACAGCGAAAAGUAACGACAGAGGAAGGUAAAAAUCUUGCUUCUCAACUUGGAUGUCCGUUUUAUGAAACCAGUGCGGCUCUACGACAUUAUAUUGACGAUGCAUUCUACACACUUAUCAGGGAAAUUCGACGAAAGGAGGCCCAACGGGCAUUAAGCAACGGUUCCAGCUCUGAAAAAAUUCACACUAGGCGACGGAGUCGCUGGUGGCGUAUUCGCUCAAUAUUUGCUCUGGUUUUCAAAAGACGACGACACAGUAAUUGAAGAUUAAUAUUCACAGUAUAUAGAUGGCAAGUAAAAACAGUAGUAUAGAUUGGCAUGCAGCUCGAACAGCAGAAGGUGAUGCGAGCUGCACGUCAUACGAAAGCUUUAAAUUUAUUUUUGUUGUGGCAAUGUUUUUUAAUGUUGACUCUCUAGCCAAAUAUUUUGUUUUUGGAAGAGUUGUCUCUUUUAGUCACCAGUGAUUUAUCCAGAGAUAGGUUUUGAGUGUAACACGUCUUCUGUGUGGAGUUUUUUUUUUCAAUAAAAAGAAACAUUUUCUGUGUGAACAAUGCAACUUAACUAAGUUUAGAUUCAAAACUUUUUCAUAGUUCAAUUAAUAGGUUGUCUUAAUGUUUCCAACGCCUACGGUUGCAGAAAAUGUCAGAAGCAAAGUAAACUUGCAACGUUACAUUUUUUUUUUCGUAGGAAAUCAGAAAGUAUAAAUCGUCUGGAACUAGCUUCAUCUACUUAAAUUUUCUCUGCCCAAGCUCUAAUAUUUGUCGAGUUCUACUUACAGUUGUAGUCGUGUAAACUGAUACUAUUAUUGAAUCAAUUGAACUAGUCAAUUAAAAUGUUACAGCGGACCACCUCCUUGCAUUCAAUUAAUAUAGUUUUUGAUGUCCUGCAACACUGCCGAAAUAUUCAAAUAUGGAAAUGGAGCUACUUAGUAAUUCAUUACUACAUGCAAAAGUCAUCCGAAGAUUCACUAAUAAUUAUGUUUCAUUCUAAUAAUCAGAAAAGUGAACAAAAUUGAAAUUUAUUCCGCAAUUUCUACUAUUUUCCAUUUAAAGAUAUCGUUUCAUUCAAUCAACCUUAAAGCCUCGUACUCAGCAAGUCGCUGUAAAUAAACCAUGGAGCUUAAAUAACAGUUUUUUUCAAAGAAACACCCACACCAAAGCUUUUUUUCGCCAAAGAUUAUUUCCUCCAAAUCCACACAGUUAGUGGUGAAUUCGUUGAGCUUUUCUCUCUUUUGUUCUUGCAUGUUAGUUCGCUUUUUUCUUGAUUUUGUAUGGAAAUGAAGACAAAAAUUGAUAAAACUUUCUUAAGAAAGUAGUUUUCUUCAAUUUGUUGGACCUAAAUGUUUAAAAACGAAUUCACAUAUAAGAACGAAAGAAAGAAAAGCUCCACGAAUUCGCCACUGCAUGGUUUGGAAAACUUUUAGCAAAUUCCAAGGAAUUGAACGGAAAUUUUUUGUCCCGAAAAUACAGCUAAGGUCAACCAAAUUCAUAUCGAACUUUACAUGAGUGUAACGUUACUCGUAUUCGUGUGAUAGUAUUAAAACCGUAUAAACACGUUUGAGUUAUUUGUGUGUAUGAAUAGACCAGCUGGUGAAGUUCGAUAUAGAUUUAGGUGAUAUUACUUGCACGCUUUGUCUUAUUCACUCGAGAAAAUCAAUGAGAAUUUAUUUUCUCAGACUGACUUAUUCCACUGGAUUUGGUUAAAUGACUUGAACCAGUAAAAAUUCAUCGAUAAAAAUGAAACACUGAAAACCGCUAACACUCAAUUUCUUAUCGUUACACACCAUAUUAAGAUUUAGAUACAAUUGAUGUGUUGCCAAAUAUUGUUUGUAUUUUUUAUAAUUAUACAAUAAAUAAUAAUUAAAAUUAAGUUUAUAAAAAAAAAUGAAGAAGACGAAGAUGAAGAGGAAGAAAAACACAAAUGACAGUGAAAGUUUUGUAGUUUUAGAUGAACUUUGUUGAUGUAUUUUAGAUGCAUUCGAUAAGUUAAAAAGAUUUUUUUAUGAAAUAUUGGAUUGAAUUGAAAAUUAUUAUGUUACAUAAUAUAUGUAAAUAUAUAUAAAAGCUGUCAUUAAUAUAUAUACAAUAAUAUAUUAUGAUGAUGAUGAUGAUGAUGAUGAAUCAAUAAAUGAAAUAAAAUAUUAUAUUCGAGUAAAUAAAUAAUGUAACCAAAUUCCAAACAUCAAAUGUUUCAAGAUAAGUAAAGUUAAAUGUUAAAUGAAUAGAAAAUAGUAAAGAAUUAAAUGGAAGAUUUGUUUCUGUUAUCAUUUUGUUUUUUGGACAUAAUAAAACUAGAGAGACCAAAUAAUUUUAAAAACAAAAAA